AUGGCACACCGGACGAGGGUAUUCUGGAGUGCGUAUGGUUUUUACAUUGCCAUGCAUCCAUGGCUGCGGGGAUCGGGUUAUGUGAAGGUGGGAUGCACCGCAGACCUCUCCCGCCGUCUUGAAAUGGCUUCCUUCACAACCUGCUUCACUCCCGAGUGGUCAUACUUCGCCGUUUUUGAGUGUGAGAGUAUAAAGGAAGCUUUUCUUUUAGAGCAAGCGGUUCUUUUUCUCUUCAAGGAGAGGCGAGUGCCUCAACGUGAGUUAAUAAAGGGAGAUGCCGGAGAGGUUGUGAAGGGCGCACAACGUGUUUGUGAUGCGCUAAACCUCAAUGUCAUGGUGAAUGUUGAACCCAUGUAUACCGAAACUGGAAAAGAUGCCAUGCAUGAGAAGCAACUAUUGUCAUCAUCAUUAUCAUCAUCACUGGUACCAUCAUCAUCAUCACUUACCAAGGAAAAUUCUAGCAGGAGUGAUGGAGUCGUGAAGCCAAGUACAUUAGGACGAUAUUUGGAGACACUGGAGAAACUUCGUAAAUCUAUGCAUGUUUCCAAUCUUAUAGACAGUAGUCAUACACUCAUGGGAGAUUGUAAAGGAACUAUUGUUAAAGAAAAGGGAAAAGGUGGGGGAGAAGAAGAUGAUGAUGAUAAUGAAGAGGAAGAGGAGCAGAUACGUUAUGAUCUAGAUAUUCCAGAUUUACUAAACUCUGAGACAUUUGGGUUGAGUGAGAUUCGACCAUAUCAAGAAGAAGCAGUGGUACGCUGCCUACAUGAACUUGAAAAUCGUGGUGCCACCAUCUGUCAAAUGGCAUGUAGAUGUGGAAAAACACCUGUUGCAUAUAAACUUAUACAAUAUUAUUUAAACAAAAAACCAAGUACGUGUAUACUUUACCUUGUGCCUGGUCUGACUUUACUUCGACAGACGGUCAGAAAACUUUACUCGUAUGGUUUAAAAAAUGUAAAAUAUCUUCUUAUAGGAUCUUAUACGGGAACUAUAUCACUUGAGGAUAACCUCGUCUUAACCAUGACCACCAAUGCUGAAGAAAUUUUACAUACCAUUAAAAAUUCUUCUUUACAAGUUGUUGUUAUUAGUACAUAUCAAUCUUCUUUUAUAGUUUCAUCCAUAACUAAUUUUUCUCUCACCGUAUUUGAUGAAUGUCAUCGAGUAUGUGGAAGUACUUCAAUAACUAAUUUUAAUAGUGUUCUUCUUCAACCACGAUCAGGAAACAGAUUAUUUCUUACUGCUACCCCUGCCUAUGAUACCCCUAUAAAAAUGGAUAAUACACAUCUUUUUGGAGGAAUAGCAUUCCGUUACUAUUUACGAGAAGGAAUAGAUGCUGGUUAUGUUAACUCUUUUUCAUUACGUAUAAUAUUGGGAGAAAGUAUGGAAGACUUAAAUCCCUACUUUUUUGAAGCUAUGAGACUUGUAAAUAAAAUGAUUGUUUACUGCCGAAGUAUUGCACAUGCCAUGCAACUAAUGGAACGAUUACAACAGCCCCAUCCUAGUGAUAUUACACCAUUUAAAGUAUUUAUCGCACACUCAAGGAUGGGAAGUGUAGCGGUAGCUAAUAUUUUACGUAAAUUUUCUGAAACAAAACGUUGUUUAUUACUUAAUGUUCGUUUAUUUCAAGAAGGUAUAGAGAUACCUGAUUUAAAUGCUGUUUUUUUCGCAGCUCCACGUUACAGUUCCCGUGAUAUUGUUCAAAGCAUAUGUAGACCUCUGAAUAAGUUAGAAAAUAAACCGGGCUCCUACGUAUUUUUGCCUGCUACCAUAGAUAAAAAUUUACCUGAGAAUCAUCCUGUUAAUCUUCAAAAAUUCUCCACAUUAAUUCCUUUUACUGAUGCACUAAUGGAUGAAGAUCCUAUUCUUUAUGAAUACCUUAUUGAUCCUCAUAAAGUUUCAUACGAUAUUGAUAUUGUUGGGGUGAGAUCUCUUAAAUUAUCUUCCGAAAGAUUGAGAAAAUUUGUUCUUCCUGCUAUUCGACGAGGUGUACGUUACUCUAACAAAAACAGUGAUCGUCUCCAUCGAGCUGCACGAAUUCCAUGGAAACCAGCAUUUAACGAAUUACGACGAAUUGUAUUAGAAUGUAAUCGAUACCCAAAAAAUAAUGAUGCCUGGGUGAUUGGUAGAAAAUCUAUAUCUAUGGCAUUAUUUUACCGAUAUGUUCGAAAAGGUUACUACCAGUAUUUGAAGGGGGAACCCUCAUAUCUUAGAAUAUACCAAAUUCGGGACUUGGAAUCACUUCCACUGUGGCGAACUUAUGGUAUGCAAGGCCCUUAUCCAUGGGAAGAGUGCUUAUCCACACUUCAGACAUACCUCGAGGAACAUGGACGAGUACCUCCAUUGGAUGUACACAAGGGUGGAUACAUUGGUUUAGAUGCGACUCCAUUUGAGCGUCUUAGUGGUGCUUUAAUGCAUAUAAAUCAAUGUGAUGCGCAUGACAAGAUGCGACUUGAUCCUGUAAAACAGAAAGAUUUAGAUGAACUCUGUAAGAGAUAUAAAAUAAAAUGGCGAAAAGAGCGUGAUCCACAGGGUUGUGUAAUACCUGGAGAAGUUACAUUUAUUACAGAGUCCUACGAAUCUUUUAAGAAAUUGUAUGAGUCCCGUCAUGGUAAUCGAUUCCAGGAAUAUAUCAAUCUACACUUCCCUGGUUAUCCAACUAAACAUGAUCGAAUGGAGGACCCUCGAAACUUGGCCAAUGGCCGAGUUCCCCCUCGUCAUGUUUCAAGAGAUGAGUUGAAAGAACCACAAACUUUGGGGAAAGUUAUGUGUAGAGUUUGUCGUCGUCAUAUAGCUGUGCGAGCUUGGGAGCGACACUUACAAAGCAAAUCUCAUCUCACAAGGUUAGUGAAAUCCUCAGAAUGA